GAGCAUGGCACUGGGUCCUGGGGGCGGACAAAGCCCGAUUGUCUGAGGCCCCUUUCCCCAUAGCGCUGGGACUGCGCCCCAGCCCAGGGCAGGGGCGGGAGCCAGCUUGGUGACACAUGCUUUCUUACUGGCUUGCUGUCUACAGUGGGGACACGGAGGUCGUCAGCAACCACAGAGGGACUUACGGGCAGAGCCCCUCGGCCAGGAGUCCUCUGGACCCUCAGGUAGCUGGCCCCCAGCAGGAAUGGGCAUGAAGACGCUGAUUGUGGCACUGGUCGUGAUGGCUGCAGCCUGGGCCGAGGAGCAGAAUAAGGUGUUGCAUGGUGGACCCUGUGAGCAGACGUCUCACCCCUACCAAGCUGCCCUCUACAUGUCAGGCCACUUACUCUGCGGAGGGGUCCUCAUUCACCCACUGUGGGUCCUCACCGCUGCCCACUGCAAAAAACCGAAUCUUCAGGUUUACCUGGGGAAGCACAACCUUCAGCAAAGGGAGAGUUUCCAAGAGCAGAGCUCUGUUGUCCGGGCUGUGGUCCACCCUGGCUACAAUGCUGCCACUCAUGACCAGGACAUCAUGCUGUUGCGCCUGGCUCGACCGGCCAGAUUCUCUGAACGCAUCCAGCCCCUCUCCCUGGAGGAAGACUGCUCAGCCAACCACGCCAGCUGCCACAUCCUAGGCUGGGGCAAGACAGCAGACGGUGGUUUCCCUAACACCAUCCAAUGUGCAUACAUCCAUCUGGUGUCCCGUGAGGAGUGUGAGCGUGCCUACCCCAACCAGAUCACCCAGAACAUGGUGUGUGCCGGGGAUGAGAAGUACGGGAAGGAUUCCUGCCAGGGUGAUUCUGGGGGUCCGCUGGUGUGUGGAGACCGUCUCCGAGGACUUGUGUCAUGGGGUAAUGUUCCCUGUGGAUCCAAGGAGAAGCCAGGGGUCUACACCGAUGUCUGCAGAUAUGGCCACUGGAUCCGAAAAACCAUUCAGGGCAACUAAUCCUGACAUGUGACAUCCAACUCGACCUGUGGCCCCCACUUGCUCGCUCCAGAAUAUCCUUGACCAAGACUUUGCCUUCCCCCCACCUGCCUAGACCCGACCCUUAAUGCUUAAUAAAAGCAGUGAUGUGACAGUACAAAUUCACCCUGGUUUUACCCCAGCCCCAUCCUUGCAUCACUGGGGACAAGUGAGGAUGUGGGCUAAGGUCUUACCCUGCCGGUAGGAGAAUACAGGAAUACCCCUCCCAAGCAUCUCUCCCUCCUUGGUUAUUCAACGGGUUCGACUUCUUCCUACAGAGGAGGUGUCACGAGUCAGGCAAAACCUGAGUUGAAUCCCAGCUCUGCCCUCUGUUAGUUUCGUACCCUUGGGAAGGGCCUCCCUUCACUGUGCAGAUCUUCUCAUCUGUAAAGUAAGGAUAAUAAGAGUAUAUUCCUCACAGGGCAGCGGUUGUUUUGGGGAGGAUUCAAGAUUUCCGAAACGUGGAACACAUAUAACGGUGCCUGGCACACUUGCUUGAGCAAUAAAG